AUGAGUGACACUCUUAGACCCCCUUCUCUUCAGGUGAGUGUCCCAAGUGAUGCCUCAGGAUACUCAGAUGGUGGAAGCAAUGCCGUGUCGGACGGCUCCAUGCGAUCCAGCUCCUCUACCCCAACACUACGUCGCAAACGCUUCAAGAUGCGCCGCAUGAGGAACGUGCCCAGUGAGAAGGACAACGAGCAGCUGCAGCAAACUGGCAGUCGUCUGGCAGCCCGAACCCGCUCCGGCUCCAAGGAGUACCUUCAGCUACCCUCCAUUGAGAUCACACCAUCCAGUGAUGAAGACGCACCCUCUUCCUGGUCCAACUGUUCUACACCCAGUGCCUCGCCACGACGCAAACGUUUCCUGUUGAGGAAGUGGCUGAGGGUCCGCGAGAAGAAGGAGCAAGGCAGUGAGAGCAGAGGUGCUUCCGAGACAGCAAGCAGCUAUCCUGUGUACAAGAGUAAAGAGUAUAUUUAUUCACUUGAGAUCACACACCAACAUGCUUAUUUGAUUAAAUUCAUUGGAUACACUAUCAACAGCCAGCAGAGCAGUCAGCAGAGCAGCCAGCAGAGCAGCCAUGAGGACGACUGCACUCGCUUCUUGACUCCGCUGAUCCGAGAGGAGAGGUCUGACAGUGCAGCGGACAAGAUCAGGCUCAAGCUCAAAAGCUCCACCUUUGUGAUUGGUUCAGAUUCCCUAAGGGAAAUCAGUAAGGGAUAG